UCCCCGGCUUCUGCACCUCCCGUCGCUCCGGCACCCCCGACCAUGCUUACCGCAUCACCAAGAAGGCCCAGAUCUCUGCCCCCACCAAGCAGCUCUUCUCAGGUCGUUUCCCGGAGAACUUCUCCAUCAUGGCUCUGGUUAAGGCCCAGUCUGGUCUCCAGGCCUUCCUCCUCUCCAUCUACAGCGAGCAGGGCAUCCAGCAGCUGGGAAUCGAACUGGGACGCUCGCCUGUUUUCCUGUACGAGGACCAGAACGGCAAACCGGCCCCUGAGGACUACCCACUGUUCAGAGGCGUCAACCUGGCUGAUGGCAAGUGGCAUCGCAUCGCUAUCUCUGUUUCCAAGAAGAACGUGACUCUGCUGCUGGACUGCAAGAAGAAGAUGACCCGCGCUCUGCCCCGGGGCAGCCACGCUGAGGUGGACACCAACGGCAUCACGGUGUUCGGAGCCCGGCUGCUCGAUGAGGAGGUUUUCCAGGGAGACAUCCAGCAACUGCUGAUCGCCUCCAACCCCCAGGCGGCCUACGACUACUGUGAGCACUACAGCCCCGACUGUGACUCCCCUCUGCCCAAGACCCAGGCUCAGGACCCCAACACAUACAAGAAGGCGCCCAAUGGAAAAGCAACCCCCACUAAAACCACCCCUGUCAAAGCCAAACCCUCCCCGAAGCCGGUCAAGACUGGAUCAUCCAAACUCGUGGUUAAGCCACCUAUGCCCGCCAAAGCUCCCAAGUCCGCCACAGCUAAGUCGACCAAAGCAAAGCCCACUGGAGUAGAGAUCCUCUUGUCUAAGAUCAAACCAACCGCACCAGCUAAAUCCAAGCCCACGGCUGCUCCGGCUAAGAACGGCAACGGUAAAGCAGCUGCUGAGAAGAAAGCCAAUGGUGCAGCCAAAGCCAAUGGCAAUGGAAAACCAGCUGUAGCAAAGGCUAAUGGCAACGGCAAAGCUGUAGCCGCCGAAGCUAAACCUACAGCUCAGGCCAAGGUGAACGGCAACGGAAAUGGCAAGGUUGUAACAGAGAAGAAAGUCAAUGGUAACGGAAAAACAUCUGCAGAAAAGAAAGUCAACGGAAAUGGAAAAGUUACUGUUGUGUCAAAGGUCAACGGCAAAGCCACAGCGGAGAAAAAAGUCAAUGGAAAUGGCAAAACCACCAUUGAAGUUAAAGAGGUUAAAGUCCAAGUUAAAAGCAAAGCUGAGAACAAAGUCAACGGCGAGGCGAAGGCUAACGGAAAAGUUAUCACUGUGGUAGAAAAGAAGGUCGUGAGUAACGGUGCUGUAAAUCUGGCAAAAAUUGAAACCACUACAAAGGCAAAGACUGAGAAAGUUGUUAAAGUAGAAAAAAUUGAGAAGACUGUGGUCAGUGCAACUAAAUCAGCUGCUAAAGUCGAAGCCACCAAAGCACCUAAACCCACGAAGGCAUCUAAACCUGAACCUACAAAAGCGGCAAAGGCUGUGGCGACCAAGGCUCAAGCAGCCAAAACCCAAGUGAAGGCCGAGGUCAAAGAGGUCACCAAAGUUAAAACUGCGGUCAACAAGGUCCCUCUGGUCAAGUCAACCGCAAGCACGAGCAAAUUCGUGAAGAAUGUGGUCGAGAAGGUUUCCAUCCCAAAGAAGGCGGCCACGACACCAGCCCCGGUCCGGCCCACUCCCCCCAGACCCACGAGAUCCAAGAUGGUGUUGGACAUCAAUGUCAAAUCCCUGCACAAACCCUUCCCACCCUUCAGCAAGACCGCGCAGAGUGGAACCGUCGUCCAAGCGAAGAAAAAUACCAACGGUUAUCAACAGCCCCAGGUGGAGCCGACGUUGGUGGAAGAGGAGGUGGAUGCCACCAAGGCAGGCGGUGUGGGCGAAGACGUCUUCACUGAGGAGUAUGUGACUGGGGACGUGGGCCUUAAGGAAUACGACUAUUCCUACAGGGACUACAAUGAGCCGUUAGUGGAGACUGGAGAGGCCGAUGCCAACAUGGGCCCCGCCCUGUCCGCUGUGACAGACGAGGGAGGCGCUGCUGUCAGAGGCUAUAAAGGAGAGAAAGGAGAACCCGCUGUCUUAGAGCCUGGCAUGUUGAUUGAAGGACCUCCAGGACCUGAGGGACCUGCUGGUCCGACCGGCCCCCCCGGCUCCUCUGGACCUCCCGGUUCUUUUGGCGACCCUGGCGAGAGGGGUCUUCCUGGUAGAGCUGGUCUGCCUGGAGCUGACGGAGUCCCUGGACCUCCUGGAACAUCUGUCAUGUUGCCUUUCCGUUUUGGUCAGAGUGGAGGAGAUAAGGGUCCCGCUGUUUCCGCCCAGGAAGCUCAGGCAGCGGCCAUCUUGUCUCAGGCCAGGAUGGCUCUGAAAGGACCAUCUGGACCAAUGGGAUUCACCGGACGCUCCGGACCCCUGGGGAACCCUGGAAGUCCUGGCCUGAAGGGAGAGGGUGGGGACCCUGGUCCUCAGGGCCCCAGGGGACCCAAUGGUUUGAUGGGUCCUCAAGGCAAAUCAGGAAGAAGAGGCCGGGCUGGAGCCGAUGGUGCCAGAGGAAUGCCCGGAGAGUCUGGUUCUAAGGGUGACCGUGGCUUCGAUGGUCUUCCUGGUUUGCCCGGUGACAAAGGACACAGGGGUGACACCGGAUCCCUGGGACCCGCAGGAGCUCAAGGAGAGGACGGAGAGAGGGGAGAUGACGGAGAAGUCGGACCCAGUGGUCUCCCAGGUGAACCAGGACCUCGUGGUUUGCUCGGACCCAAGGGUCCUCCUGGAAUCUCUGGACCUCCUGGUGUGCGUGGAAACGACGGGCCCUAUGGUCCCAAAGGAAACUUGGGUCCCCAAGGAGAACCAGGACCUCCAGGUCAGCAGGGAACCUCAGGAACUCAGGGAAUGGCAGGACCUCAGGGAGCCCUCGGACCUCCAGGAGAGAAAGGUCCCACAGGAAAACCAGGUCUGCCAGGAAUGCCCGGUGCUGAUGGACCUCCUGGUCACCCAGGGAAGGAGGGGCCUCCUGGCACCAAAGGAAAUCAUGGUCCCAACGGUCCUCAGGGUGGUAUCGGCUAUCCUGGCCCUCGAGGCGUCAAGGGAGGACAGGGAAUCCGUGGCCUGAAGGGACACAAGGGAGAGAAGGGAGAAGAUGGUUUCCCUGGAGUUAAAGGAGAUUUCGGCGCAAAGGGAGAGAGGGGAGAGCUCGGAGUACCAGGACCCAGAGGAGAGGACGGUCCAGAGGGGCCGAAGGGUCGCGUCGGACCCCCUGGUGAGCUCGGACCACUUGGACUUGUUGGAGAGAAGGGUAAACUUGGUGUACCUGGUCUCCCUGGAUAUCCUGGAAGACAAGGACCUAAGGGAUCCCUCGGAUUCCCAGGUUUCCCUGGUUCAAACGGCGAGAAGGGAACAAGGGGUCUUUCUGGCAAAGCAGGACCAAGAGGACAAAGAGGACCAACGGGCCCCAGAGGGCAGCGAGGGCCGAGGGGCUCCACCGGGAAAUCAGGAGCAAAGGGAACCUCAGGAAGCGAUGGCCCAUCAGGUCCUCUCGGAGAGAGGGGAUUGCCCGGGCCCCAGGGAGCCAACGGUUUCCCCGGACCAAAGGGACCUCCCGGACCACCAGGAAAGGAUGGGCUGCCUGGACACCCUGGCCAGAGAGGAGAAGUUGGUUUCCAAGGUAAGAUGGGUCCACCUGGGCCUCCUGGAGUCGUUGGACCUCAGGGUCCAUCAGGAGAGACCGGCCCCAUGGGCGAGCGCGGCCACCCCGGACCCUCAGGUCCACCUGGAGAGCAGGGACUUUCUGGUCCCUCAGGAAAGGAGGGCACCAAGGGAGACUCUGGACCCCCAGGAGGCCCCGGAAAAGAUGGGCCCUCAGGACUGAGAGGCUUCCCCGGUGAGAGAGGACUGCCUGGAACCCCUGGAGGUGGAGGACUGAAGGGAAGUGAAGGACCUGCCGGACCUCCUGGACCUGCUGGGUCUCCUGGUGAGAGGGGACAAGCUGGUACUGCUGGACCUGUAGGACCUCCUGGCAGACCAGGCCCUCAGGGGCCACCUGGACCCGCCGGAGAGAAGGGAGUUCCUGGCGAGAAAGGACCUAUUGGAUCGGCAGGUCGUGACGGAGUGCAGGGGCCCGUGGGUCUGCCUGGCCCCGCCGGAACACCUGGAGUACCCGGAGAGGACGGAGACAAGGGUGAGGUUGGAGAGCAUGGUCAGAAGGGCGCCAAGGGAGGAAAGGGAGAACACGGUCCUCCUGGUCCCCCUGGGCCGAUGGGUCCGGUCGGUCAGCCUGGUCCUGCUGGAGCUGAUGGAGAGCUGGGACCCAGGGGCCAGCAGGGGCCUUUUGGAGCCAAAGGUGACGAAGGAUCCAGAGGAUUCCCAGGAGCCCCAGGACCCAUCGGACUGCAGGGAUUGCCGGGACCAUCAGGUGAGAAGGGAGAGACGGGAGACGUUGGACCUCUGGGUCCUCCAGGCCCUCCAGGACCCCGCGGCCCUGCUGGACCCAGCGGUGCUGAUGGUCCUCAAGGUCCACCUGGUGGUUUGGGUAACCCUGGAGCCAUUGGAGAGAAGGGAGAGUCUGGUGAGUCUGGACCACCUGGAAUUGGCGGAGAACCUGGAAAGAAGGGUCCUCGUGGAGAGCGCGGAGAGAAGGGAGAGGCUGGACAAUCUGGAACUGCUGGACCUGCUGGAGGACGAGGACGACCUGGAGACGACGGACCCAAAGGCAACCCGGGUCCUGUUGGAUUCCCUGGAGAUCCCGGACCACCUGGUGAGCUGGGACCCAGAGGUCAAGAUGGCGCCAAGGGAGAGAGAGGAGAAGAUGGCGAAGCUGGAGAAUCUGGCUCCCCUGGACCUCCUGGUGAGAACGGAUCUACUGGCCCAUUAGGAAAGAGGGGUCCUGCUGGAACGAGAGGACCAGAGGGACGUCAGGGAGAGAAGGGAACCAAGGGAGACUCAGGUGCUGUUGGCCCACCAGGGAAAACCGGCCCCGUUGGCCCCCAGGGGCCGGCAGGAAAACCUGGAACAGAAGGUCUCCGAGGACUCCCAGGAUCAGUGGGAGAGCAAGGAUCUCCAGGACUUGCUGGACAGAAAGGUCCAUCUGGACCCCUGGGACCUCCUGGUUUGCCAGGUCUGCGUGGAGAGCCCGGUGGAAAGGGAGAGAAGGGACACCCAGGUCUCAUCGGCCUCAUCGGACCCCCAGGCGAGCAGGGAGAGAAGGGAGACCGAGGUCAUUCCGGGCCUCAGGGAUCCUCCGGAACCAAGGGAGAGACUGGAAUGUCCGGCGGCUCCGGACCCCUCGGCCCUGCUGGUCCUCCUGGUCUGCCUGGUCCUCAAGGUAUCAAGGGAGCUAAGGGUUCUUCUGGAGGAGCUGGUCCAAAGGGAGAAAAGGGUGUUCAGGGACCUACUGGAUCUCCUGGCCCACCAGGCGAGGUCAUUCAGCCGCUGCCCAUCCAGAGGAGUCCCAAGUCCAAGCGCUCCAUCGACGCCAGCCAGCUGCUGCCCGAGUCCGACCCCGACAUGCCUGCCUCUGACGCCGCUGGCACUGAGUUCCUGAUGGGCAGUGAAGGCAUGGAGGAGAUCUUCGGCUCGCUCAACUCACUUCGCCAGGAGAUCGAGACCAUGCGUUUCCCUCUGGGCACCCAGGACAGCCCCGCCCGCACCUGCCAGGACCUGCACCUCAGCCAGCCAGACCUCAAAGACGGAGAAUACUGGAUCGACCCCAACCAGGGCUGCUCCAGAGACUCCUUCAAGGUCUUCUGUAAUUUCACCAACGGAGCAGAGACGUGUCUGUAUCCCAGCAGGACCAUCAACACGGUAAAGAUGAGCUCCUGGGACAAGGAGACUCCAGGAUCCUGGUACAGUCAGUUCUCCACUGGUACUAAGUUCUCCUACGUGGACUCUAACGGUGAGGGCGUGGGUGUGGUCCAGCUGGGCUUCCUGCGUCUCCUGAGCGUCCAGGCCCGUCAGAACGUCACCUACCACUGCCACCGCUCCGUGGCCUGGGCCGACCAGAGCGCCAACAACAACUACGACCGGGCGCUGCACCUGAAGGGCGCCAACGAGGAGGAGCUGAGCUACGAGACCAACCCCUACAUCAAAGCCUUGAUCGACGGCUGUUCUUAUCGUAAGGGCUUUGACAGGACAGUCCUGGAGGUCAACACACCACAGGUGGAGCAUCUCCCCCUGCUGGACAUCAAGGUGUCGGACUUUGGGGAGAGCAACCAGCAGUUUGGAUUUGAAGUGGGACCUGUUUGUUUCCAAGGCUAAAAACACACAUACACACACACAAACACACCAUGCAGACGCACACACACAUGCACUUAGAGACACAGUUAUAUAUAAAAACACACACGCCCAGUAAUUUGUAAAUUAACUUGUAAAUGAUAUGAAACACACACAAACACACAGACACACACACACACACAGAUGCUGUUGUGAGACACACUCACGUACGUGCCUGGGGAAAGCAACAUCCUUCCAACGAGUAAUGGACGUCAAAGUAAAAAGUAAAGAGGAGAGAAAUCAAAUAAAACACUUGUGAAGAGGAGAUCAUCCUCACGUCCGCGAGAAAGGAAGAAAAACCCGGAGAGAGUAAAACAGUGUUUUCUUUCCCAGCAGCCGGGGGCCGGCACGAGGCCUGUCGGCAACUUGCCUCCGAUCGCCCUCUCACUCAUCUCUCUCCUUCCCGCUGUCUCUCUCUCUUUUUUUUUCGCCCCCCCCACUCACCUCACCUGCUCUACCUCCCCCCUCUUCCUCCCCCCGCCACAGAAAGGGUCACGUUUAGACAUCAUUUAGAUUUUUGUACAAACACAUGCACCCUGCGAGCAGCGUGUUUGACGGUCGCUCUCUUCGGUUCCUGGUUCCUGGUUUUGUUGAUUAUUUCUAAAUCAACUUCUUUGCCUUUGCAAACCGGAACCUUCUGCCCGUGAACCAGGCGUCAGACCUGAAACCCUCUGACGGGACAAUGGCGGCCGGUUCCACCUCUAACGUCUCCGGUCGUCCCGUCCUGCAGUGACCUGUCAAUCACGUUGCUCACAUUGUGACUCUCAGCUUUUACGCUUUCACGACAAAAUGAACCAAAGAAUUAUCUCCACCAGUUUCCACCCAGUGUGAAAAGAGGGAACCAGCAGCUUCUGUUUUUGUUUGAACUGCCACCGAGAGAAUCUGUUGCUGUUUUCUACUCAUUGAUUAGAAAUGUGAUUCACAGAUGAUUAGAGUGAAGAGGAAUCUUUCUGGUGUGAUGCAGUGAGGUCAACUGAAUUAACUGGACGCUCUGUCCUCGGCCCUGAGAGCAGCAGAAACUGAAUUUGUUUACAUCCGUGUUCAGAUGUGUGGAUACAUGAAGAUCAGUGAAUUAAAAAGCCAUUGUUUUUAUAAACUUGACGCUGUUGUACUUGCCUGUUAGUGUUGUCUUCUUCAAUGGGCUGAUUCUUCACCGUCUGGACACUUUGAUGAUUGUUUUAACAUCCAAGGACAUUUUCUCACUUUUGCAGCACAGAACAUCAUCAGGGUUUAAACCUGUCACCGGGAUUUGAACGUUCCCUCCUUCUCUCUUUUAUUUACCUGCAGCAGUGAAUAAAAUACAAGCUUUACUGAAAGAAACUGUGUGGCGAGGAGCUAAUUAUACCAACGUUUGAGAAUUCACUACGAGUCCUCCAUCGUCUUUAGUCUCUUUUAAGAUUUCAUGAAGCUUCUUACUGGGGAAAAUGUGCAUUACAUUCCAUUUGUACAGAAAUAGUGAUAUUCUAUUGUAUUUAUUUAAACCAAACAGGGUGCUUUGAGAUUUAAAAAAGAAACAAGAACCUCCAGAUAUUCCAGUCAAAUCUGGGAUAUUUCAUUUGUAUUUAUUUCCUGUAGCUGACGCUUGAAGGUCAAGUGGCGCGUCCACCUCGCUGCCAGCCGGAGUCACGGUGCUUCUGUUCUCGCCCUGUCCAAACUCCUUGUGUACAACCAAACAAUCUGUGGCCAUAUUUUAUUGUAAUAUCCCUUUUUUUAGUGUUUUCAUCAACUGUACUGUGCUGUUCAAUUUUGCUUCCACUGUAAUGAUUAAAUGGUGACUCUCCAGUUCUGUCACACUUCCUUGUCGUUGCUACUUGACCUGUGUUUGUUUUUUGGUUUCGGGCUCAGGUUCUUGCUUCGCCGAGCUUUAAUAGGCAGAUACAUUUUGAUUAGUCCUUAAUUAAUUAAUUGAUCCUAAAGUUUCUGUGUGAGACCACAGCGAGAAGGAGAAAGGUUGUGAGAGGGGGGGGGGGGGGGCAACUCUGUCAGCACCACGGGAUUAAACCUGAAUCAGAUUAUUGUUUGUAAGAAUAAAGUGGCUGAGGGGCGAUGUCAUACUAAGGGUCUGGGUUUAUUUGUUUUUUUAAUGUGUUUGUUUUUUGAAGUAUAAGGGAAAUGGGGCGGGUUGGCCAAAGCUUAAAAAAAAAUAAAUCUGUCCUCAAGAUUCUUCGGAGAGAACGACCUCGACUCUUUUUUGUUUUUAUUGUGUUGAGGACAAACAACAUUAAAUGAAAAUGGUGCUGAAAAGGGAAAAAAGUAUUAUUUUGAAAUGUGUGUAAGUAAUUUUUUUUCAAAAUUCCUGUUUCUGUAAUAUAUAAUCUUUUUAAAAAGA